AUGGGUGGGAGCAAGAACAAAGCGCCCCAGCGCAGGGCGAGACCUGGGAGGCCAGCCUCAGGGGAGCAGGAGUCCGGAUCGGCUAGUGCUGAUAGCGCACUUAGCCAGGACCACCGACCUGGCCGCGGCAAAGCCCUCCGGGCGAGACCCUCCAAGGAGCCCGACACCGCAGGGGGCAAGAGACUCGCUAGUGGCCACAGGAAGCCGGCCACAGACGGGAACGGUGGCUGCAGAAAGCCAGGUGCUGAGCCGCCACCGGAGGCACAGGAGAGGCAAGGCAGCACGCGGCAUAGGGGAUCCGUGCCCUUGGAGAGUCACCGACCAGGGGACAGCCGUGGGGAGCGCCAGGAUGAGGAGAGUCUACCGAAAGAAGAGGGUACAGCCCAGCGCCGCAGUCGCCGCAAGAGGAAAGGAAAAGGGCAGGGACCCUUGGUUCAGCCCGGCCGCCGAGAGGCUCGGAGCCGCGAAAGUGAACCAUCGGGAGGGGACCGAGGCAGCUCUUGCCGGGACAGCGAAGCUCAAGAGUCCCAGGAGACGAGCAGCCAGGGCAAGGGGGCCUUGCAGCUGCGGACUAAGUCAGAGCCAAAGGAAACGGGCCGGAAGGGAACAAUAUGGCCAGAGUCAGCGCUGCAUCCAGGCGAAUGCCAGACCAGCAGCAGUCAGGGCAGUGACGAACCCUCAGCUCAGCUUCUGCAUGAGGAAGUGUCGUCGGGGACAGGGCCCCAGGGAGCGAGUGAGGAUUCUGGGACAAAUACGGACUUGAGUCCGGAGGGGACCGGGCCUGGACCGCGCCCACCGGCACCCCUGGGGACAGCAAGAUGGGUCCCUGAUGCCCAAGAGAUCGACCUGGGUGGAAAAGCCACGGCAUGCAGCUCCCUCGAGCGCAGUUGUGCGCACGUCCCUGGGAGCUCGUGGGAUUCUCGAGACCCCAUGUUUUCUCCGGACUCAAGUGAAGGCUGGGCGCAGCAGGAGGCGGAGCUGCAGGACGCCCAGCCUGAAACAGUCGAGGCCUCUGCGGCCCGGGCUCAGCGCCUCCAGACUGGAAAGGUGGUGGGGAAGUUGCAGGGGGCAGAGGACCAGAGCGAAGCGGCGUCGGAAAAGGGAGCAGGUCCAGAGGACCCAGCGCCACUGGCCACCCUCACGGUGCUCCGUAAGCUCCGCGCGAGGCCCACUCCAGGCCCCUCUCCCCAGGCCUCAGGGUCGGGUGGCGCGGGCCUCAAGGAGCGCCUUCUGCGUGUGGUUCGGGCCCUGGGCCUGCUGCAGUGGUUGCUGCGGCGGCUACGGCAGCCUCGGGCCCGGGAGCCUGGGGCGGAGCCUCGGGAGGGCGAGGGGCGGGGCCGCGGGCCUGGACGGAGGCGCCGUCUAGCGUUGCGCCUGGCGGGCUUAGCGGGGUUGAGAGCAUCGCCGAGGCCUCCACCUGGCGGUGGCAGGAGCCCUCCACAGGGCCGGGAUAGCCCGGCCCGGGAGGACCCUUCCGACGAUGAGGACCCCACUCCGGAUCCCAAGUUCGCAGUCGUGUUCCCCAGGAUGCACACGGAGGGGAGGGCUUCGAGCAGCAGGAGCUCAGGGGAAGUGUCCGCGGACGCCCACACCGGGGAGGCUGCCGGGGAGAGUGAGAGGCACGUGGCGAGUGGAGAAGGAGCGGACGGGCCCCGCCCCGCCGUCUUGCUCGCGCAGACUCCCCCCGACUCGACUCCACUCGAGGAGAACGGCUCCAGCAGCGAAGCGGAGCCAGAGACCUUGGAAGCCGAGACCCCGGUGCACUGGGCGCGGGACUCAGGCCCCCACCAGGACCCUGGGUUGGGCACCAACGCGCUGCUGCCCCGACUCACCUUGGAGACCCGCCUGGAGCGCGACAGGAGCUCCUGCUGGUCCCUGAGGGAGCAGUGGGAGCCGGAGGAUGAGGCCGAGGCAGCGCUGGAGAGGGACCUGGAGAUGAGCCUUGGGCCUGACCUGAAGGCAUCCUUCCUGGGUACUGAGGGUAGGAGCCUCAGAGACGGCCUGGAAGACACUGAGGACCUGGCCCGGCUGGGGUUGGUGUGUGACAGCUCUGUGCUGCUGUGCCUCAAGAAGAGGUUUCACCUGGGCCGCAUCUAUACAUUUGGGGGGCCCCUCCUGGUGGCUCUGAAUCCCCACCGGCCCCUGCCUCUCUUUUCAUCUGAGAUCUUAACCAGCUACCACCCUGGGAAGGCCCCCAAUACCACCCCACACGUAUUUGCCAUCGUGGCAGCAGCCUAUAGCCUAUUUAAGAGCACUGGGCAGGACCCCUGCAUCCUCCUCAGUGUGUCACUUCCAAGUGGCACAGCCCCACUGUGCAGGUUCACUGAGGCAGUCCCACAUGGGCGCAGUGGCUCAGGGAAAACAGAAGCUGCCAAGAAGAUUGUGCGGUUCCUGCGCAGCCUGGAGCAGCAGCAGACAAGGGACAGAGGGUGCCAGCUAGAUGAUGUGCUGCCUGUGCUCAGCAGCUUUGGCCAUGCCAAGACUCUCCUCAAUGCCAACGCCAGCCGCUUUGGCCAGGCCUUAUGCUUCUGCCUGCAGCGUGGUGUCAUUGUGGGAGCCUCUGUGUCACAUUAUCUGCUUGAGACCUCCAGAGUGGUAUUCCAGGGCCAGGCCUGCAGCCUCCAGGGCAAGGAUGAUGCCCUGGACUUCAGAGGGCUAGAGAAGGCCCUGCAGGUGCUCGGCUUGGGCCCCGAGGAAUUGACUGCAAUCUGGGCCGUGCUGGCCACUGUCCUGCACCUGGGAAACAUCUGCUUUUCUUCUUCAGAGUGGGAGUCCCAGGAGGUAGCUUCUGUGUCCAGCUGGGCUGAGAUCCACACAGCAGCCCGGUUACUCCGGGUGCCACCAGAGCGCCUGGAAGGGGCUGUCACCAGGAGGGUCACGGAAACGUCCUAUGGCCAGGUCUCCAGAUCCUUGCCCGUGGAAAGUGCCAUCGAUGCCAGGGAUGCCCUGGCCAAGGCCCUGUACUCACAGCUCUUCAGCUGGCUUUUGAGGAGGAUCAACUGGCAGCUGGCACCACCUGAGGAGGAAGGCAGCGUGGGCACCAUCACUGUUGUGGACGCUUAUGGCUUUGAGGCGCUGCGGGUGAACAGCCUGGAGCAGCUGUGCAACAACCUCGCCAGCGAGCACCUGCAGCUCUUCUCCAGCCGAGUGCUGCUGGCCCAGGAGGAGGAGGAGUGUCGGCGGGAGCUGCUGCCCUGGGUGCCCCUCCUUCAGCCUUUGAGGGAGUCCUGCCUGGACCUCCUAGUAGACCAUCCCCACAGCCUCCUGAGGAUCCUGGAUGCCCAGACCUGGCUGUCCCAGGCCACAGACCACACCUUCCUCCAGAAGUGCCACUAUCACCAUGGUGAUCACCCAAGCUACGCCAAGCCUCAGCUGCCCCUGCCCAUCUUCACAGUGCGGCACUACGCUGGGACAGUCACCUACCAGGUCCACAAGUUCUUGAACAGAAACCGGGACCACCUGGACGCUGCCGUGGUGGGAAUGCUUGCUCAGAGCCAGCUCCAGCUGGUACGCAGCCUGUUCCAGGAAGCAGAGCCCUGGGCUGGAGGAGGGCCAGGACAAUCCACGCUGACCUCUCGCUUCCAGAAGUCCCUAGGAGACCUCCUAGCCCAGCUGGGCAGGAGCCACAUCUAUUUCAUCCAGUGCCUUGACCCCAACCCUGGAAAGAUCCCAGGCCUCUUUGAUGUGGGACAUGUGGCAGAGCAGCUGCACCAGGCGGGCAUCCUGGAGGCCAUAGGCACCCGCAGUGCCCACUUCCCUGUGCGCAUGCCCUUCCAGGCAUUCCUGGCCAGGUUCCAGGCCCUGGGGAAGGAAGGACAGGAGGACUCCGAUCGGGACAGGUGUGGCGCCAUCCUCUGUCAGGUGCUGGGGGCUGAGUCACCAUUCUAUCACCUCGGGGCCACUAAGGUCCUGCUGCAGGAGAGGGGCUGGCAGCAGCUGGAGAGGCUGUGGGCACAGAGGCGCACCCAGGCUCCUCUGUUCACCCUGCACCGGGGCCUCCGUGCCCGCGUCUCCCGCCAGCGCCUCCGCCUCCUGCCCCGGAUACAGGCUCGUGUGCGCGGGGUCCAGGCCAGGAAGCGGUACCUCCGGCGUCGAGUGGCUCUGGGACAGCUGAACACCAUCCUCCUUGUGGUCCAGCCCCUGUGCCAGAGCCGGCAGAGGCUGCAGCUUGGCCAGCCGCGUGGCCAGUGUGGUCGGCACAGUGGUGGGGCCUUGGAGAAAGCGUCAAGCAUGGAGCUGGGGCGUUUGGAGAUCCCAGCUGAGCUGGCCGCCAUGCUGAAGAGAGCAGAAGGUCACCAGGAUGCCCUGGCUGGAAGCAUCACCGAGUCCAUGCCUCCUGAGGUUCCUGCCCGGCCCAGACUGACCCUCCCCCGGGACAUUGACCAAUUCCCCUUCUCCAGUUUCAUCGCUAGCAGCUUCCAGGAGCCAUCCCUGCCCAGUCCAGGGCAGCUGCUGGCCAAGCCCCUGACCCAGCUGGAUGGUGAGAACCCCCAACUUGCUCUGGACAUCAACAAGGUGAUGCUGCGGUUCCUGGGAGACGGGUCCCUGCAGUCCUGGCAGGAGCAGACCAUGGGUACCUACCUGGUGAGGCAAGGGCAGCGCCGGCCAGGGCUGCGGAACGAGCUCUUCAGCCAGCUCGUGUCCCAGCUCUGGCAGAACCCUGACGAGCAACCGAGCCAGCGCGGCUGGGCCCUCAUGGCUGUCCUGCUCAGCGCCUUCCCCCCAAUGCCCGCCCUGCAGAAGCCACUGCUCAAAUUCGUUUCGGACCAGGCCCCCCAGGGCAUGGCGGCAGUAUGCCAACACAAGCUGCUGGGAGCCCUGGAGCAGACACCGCUGGCCCCUGGGGCUGCACGGGCCCACGCGCCCACCCAGCUCGAGUGGAAGGCAGGAUGGCGGAGGGGCCGCAUGGCGCUGGAUGUCUUCACCUUCAAUGAGGAGUGCUAUUCGGCCGAGGUGGAGUCCUGGACCACAGGGGAGCAAUUUGCCGGGUGGAUCCUACAGAGCAGAGGCCUGGAUGUGCCCCCUCGAGGCUGGUCUGUGUCACUACACUCUGGGGAUGCUUGGCAGGACUUGGCUGGCUGUGACUUUGUGCUGGACCUGAUUGGCCAGAUGGAGGACCCUGGGGACCCAGCAGGUCCCCGCAGCUACCCCAUCACCCCCACUGGCUUAGCCGAGAACAUUCCCCCUGCCCCUGGUGUCCAGGCCCCCUCACUGCCUCCAGGCCCACCUCCAGGCCCACCUCCAGGUCCAGCCCCAGCACUGCCCAGCAGAGGCCACACAGGGGAGGCCCGGACAUCGGGGAGCCUGGAUGGCUUCCUGGACCACAUCUUUGAGCCUGUCCUUGCCCCAGGCCUCAGUGAUCUGGAACAAGGCUGGGCUCUGAACAGCCGCAUGAAGGGAGGGGGUGCCAUCGGGCCCAUGCAGCAGGGCUACCCCAUGGUGUACACAGGGAUGAUGCAAAUGCCUGGAUACCAGCCAGCUAUGAUGCCUCCACCAAUGCCCAUGAUGCCAGCGGUGGGCACAGUCCCCACCAUGCCAGCCAUGAUAGUGCCAUCGCAGCCACAGCCGCAGCCACAGCCCCUGCUUCCCAGCCUGGACACGAGGCAGCUGGCAAUCCAGCAGCAGAACUUCAUCAACCAGCAGGCGCUGAUCCUGGCCCAACAGAUGACCACCCAGGCCAUGAGCCUGUCCCUGGAGCAGCAGAACCAGCAGCGCCAACGCCAAGCCCAGGCCUCUGGGGCUGCCUCCCAGGCCCCGCCCUCAGCUGUCACUCCCAAGCCCAAGAAGCCCCCUGUUCCCCUAGAGAAGCCAGAGCAUGACCUGGAAGCAGGAGGGGCCUGCUUGAGGGAGACCUCAGAGGAGGCUGAAGACAGGCCCCAGCGCCCUAAGAGCUUCCAGCAGAAACGGGACUAUUUCCAGAAGAUGGGACAGCAGCAGAUCAAGGUGAAAAUGGUGAAGCCUCCAGCCAAGGUCCAGAUCCCCCAGGGGGAGGAGACGGAGGAAAAAGAAGAGGAAACAGGAACAGUGCUGUCCCCUUCUUCCCCUCCUCCUCCUGUCUCAGUGAAGAAGCCACUGAAACAAGGUGUAGCCAAAGCCGCAAAAGAGGCUGAGGCUGAGCCAGCUGAGACAGCACAGCCAGCCCAGGGUGAAGGGCCCAUGGUGCGCAGCUUGGGCCCCACCCCGCAGCGGCCAGAACCCAGCAAGGAAAUUCGCAACAUCAUCCGCAUGUACCAGAGCCGCCCCAGCCCUGUGCCCGUGCCCGUGCAGCCAACCAGGCCCCUCAAAACUUUCCUGAAGAAAAAUGACCCUAAAGACGAGGCUCUGGCCAAGCUGGGGAUCAAUGGUGCCCACUCGCCCCCCUCAACUCUGUCCCCCAGCCUGGGGAAGGGCCCACCACCAGCUGUGGCUCCCCGACCCAAGGCCCAGCCACGGCUUGGGCCCUCCAACUCCAUCAAGGAAAAGCAGGGGCCCCUUCGGGAUCUGUUUGGCCUAAACCCUCCCACUGCCCAGGAACCCCUACUGCCACCAGCACCCCCACUGCCUUCAUCCGAGGAGCCCAGGACCCCUUUGGCAGAGCCUCGCGUCUUGUCAGAGCCCAUGGGGGACCGGGGCAUCUCCACCCAGCUCCUUGUGCCCUCUGGCAGUGUGUGCUUCUCCUAUGCCAGCGCCCCCUGGAAGUUGUUCCUACGCAAGGAGGUGUUCUACCCUCGGGAGAACUUCAGCCAUCCCUACUGCCUCCGGCUUCUCUGUGAGCAGAUCCUGAGGGACACCUUUGCUGAGUCCUGCAUUCGGAUCUCCCAGGACGAGCGGCACAAGAUGAAAGACCUGCUGGGAGACUUGGAGGUGGGCCUGGACUCCCUCGCCACUGUCGAAGACAGCGUCAAGAAGCGCAUUGUGGUGGCCGCACGGGACAACUGGGCCAAUUACUUUUCCCGCAUCUUCCCUGUCUCGGGCGAGAGUGGCAGCGACGUGCAGCUACUAGGUGUUUCUCACCGAGGGCUGAAACUGCUCAAGGUGACCCAAGGCCCCAGCUUUCACCUGGACCAGCUGAAGACACUCUGCUCAUACAGCUUUGCUGAGGUGCUGGGUGUGGAGUGCCAGGGCAGCUCCACCCUAGAACUGUCGCUGAAGAGCGAGCAGCUUGUGCUGCACACAGCCCGGGCCAGGGCCAUCAAGGCCUUAGUGGAUCAGUUCCUGAGUGAACUCAGGAAGGACUCCGGCUAUGUCAUCGCCCUGCGAAGUUACAUCACUGAUGAUCACAGCCUCCUAAGCUUCCACCGUGGGGACCUCAUCAAACUAUUGCCAGUGGCGGACCUAGAGCCAGGCUGGCAGUUUGGCUCUGCCGGGGGCCGAUCUGGACUCUUUCCUGCUGACAUGGUGCAGCCGGCUGCCGCUCCCUACCUUCCCUCCCCUGAGCAGAGGAACGGCUGGCAGCGCAAAAGUCAGCCUCAGCUGGGAGAGCCAGGUCCCACUCAGUGGGACAGGGCCUCGGAGCGCCCUGCUCGCCCCUGGAGACAGGCACACAGUGAUGAUUCAGAGGCCACCAGCCUGCCCUCCUCCAUGGCCCAUGCCUCUCUGUCCAAUGACUCCCGCAACUACACCAUGCAAGAAUUUGCCCUGCACUACUUCCGGAAGCCUUCCACUUUGCUGGACCAGAGAGGUGGCAGUGCCCAGGGGAAAGCCAUAACCAGCCUGGUGCAGUACACCAAGUCUCCCAUCCAGGAAUCUCUCAUCAGACUUAGUGAUGAGGACAUGAGCAAGCAGGCUGUGGCGGGCUUCCAGGCUCUGAUGCAAUUUAUGGGGGACAAGUCUAAGCCAUGGGGCAAGGAGGAGAUGGACCUGCUCUAUGACCUGCUGAAGCUGUGCAGCAAGGAGGACCUCAGGGAUGAGAUGUACUGCCAGGUCAUCAAGCAGGUCACAGGACACCCCCAGCCGGAGCACUGUGCUCGGGGCUGGAGCUUCCUCAGUCUCCUCUCGGGCUUCUUCCCCCCAUCCACCACGCUCAUGCCCUAUGUGACAAAGUUCCUGCAGGACUCAGGCCCCAGCCAAGAGCUUGCCCGGACCAGCCAGGAGCACCUCCAGCGAACAGUCAAGUAUGGGGGGCGUCAACAGCUGCCCCCCAUGGCUGAAAUGAAGGCUUUCUUGAAAGGGCAUGCAGUCCGCCUUGUUGUGGUCCACCUGCCUGGCGGUGUGAAUUAUAGGACAAAUGGCCACAUGUUCACGGUGGCAGGAGAAGUGCUGGAGGAGCUGUGUGGGCAGAUGGGCAUCAGGGACCCCCAGGAGGUGGAAGAAUUUGCCCUCUUUCUCAUCAAAGGGGAAGGUGAGCUGGUUCGUCCCCUGUGGCCCCACGAGUACCUCAACGGAGUGAUGGUGCACCAGGAUGUGAGCCUGCACAGCCGGCGGCUGGGCUGGGAGACCCCACUGCAUUUCAAUCAUCCCACCUACAUCAGCACCCACUAUGGCCAGGUGCUGCGGGACUACCUACAGGGGAAGCUGAUGGCCAGCGCCCAGGCAGAACACCAACUUGCCCGGCUGGCUGCCCUUCAGCAUCUUGGGAGGGCCAGCAAGAGCCCCCCCUCAGGGCAGGACCUACUGGCUUAUAUACCAAAGCCUCUACAAUGGCAGGUGAAUAUGGAAACUAUAGAGAGUUUGAUGGGUCAGGAGCUCAGGCAGCUACAAGGACACAGCCCCCAGGAAGCACAGAUCAGCUUCAUUGAGGCCACAAGUCAGCUGCCCCUCUUUGGCUACACUGUGUACAUAGUGCUUCGAGUGAGCAAGCUAGUCCUCCCAGGACCUGCCCUCCUGGGGCUCAACCGCAGGCACCUCAUCCUCAUGGACCCCAGCUCCCAGAAACUGUGCUGCUCCAUAGCCCUGAAGGACCUGCAGCGGCUCCGCCUGCUGAGUCCCCUGGAGGAGGAAGGGCCCCCUGGUCUGGAACUCAACUAUGGCUUGGCCGACAGCCCUCAGACCAUCUGGUUGGAGCUGCCACAGGCCCAGGAGCUACAGAACACCAUCAUCUUCCUGUUGGAUGACAGUAUAUCUUCCACUUAGUGGCCUGGCCUCAACUGAGGGCCUGGGGUUGGACAGAAGAGGCAGCAGCCUCUGCCUGGCCCAGGUCUCUUCCAGAUGGUCCGCCUUACAGGUCAUUCCGGUUUGACUCUGCUCUGGAACCCACCACAGAAUAGCCUGGUUGGCCCAGGUGAAGGCUGAGGCAGGGGACGCCACAGUGACUUCAACUGGGAAUAAAAAUAGCCACACUCCCUCCAGGGUGGGCUUGGGGAAGGGAAGAGCUGUAGGAACUCAGUCCAGGCAUCUGAUGUUGCCCAGCCUGGAGGAGAGGCCCAUGUUGCCACCCAGGCUCAAUGUCAGCAUGAACCUAGGCCUGGAAGAAGCAGCUGCUGAGGAAAUAAAACUCCUGAGGAAAGA